GUUUCUUUAAGGCGCCUCACCAAAAACCAACCAAACAAACCAAACCCCCAACCAAACCACACUUAAUUCCACCCCCCAUUCUGCAUUCCCCUACAACUACUCGCAUCUCUCCCAGAUUUCCGCCAUUCCAAACUCUGCUCUAUCUGUUUUGAUCUCUUCUUCUUGUCAAUUCUUUUAGCUGUUUAAAGCAGCUUAAAAGGCAAAAUCUUUAUGCCUCUUAUUGCAUAAAAGGACUGGACUCUUCUUACACUUCUUUACGUGUGUAUGCUGAGGUGGCAACAUGUCAGAAGCUCAAAGAUUAACAGUAAAUGGAAGUUUCAAUAACGGAAAUGGCUACAAAAACUUGGCGAUUUCACUAAGAUCACCUGCAACAAGAUCUGCCAUUGAUGAAUUCUGUAACGCACUCAAUGGAAAGAACCCAAUUCACAGUAUUUUAAUUGCAAACAAUGGAAUGGCAGCUGUGAAGUUCAUAAGAAGUGUAAGAACAUGGAGUUAUGAAACAUUUGGUUCAGAAAAAGCAAUUCUAUUAGUCGCCAUGGCUACACCAGAAGACAUGAGAAUAAAUGCAGAACACAUUCGAAUUGCAGAUCAAUUUGUUGAAGUCCCAGGUGGCACAAAUAACAAUAAUUAUGCCAAUGUGCAACUCAUUGUAGAGACUGCUGAAAUAACACAUGUUGAUGCUGUUUGGCCUGGGUGGGGCCAUGCAUCUGAAAUCCCUGAGCUUCCGGAUGCUUUAGAGGCAAAGGGAAUCAUAUUUCUGGGCCCACCUGCUUCAUCAAUGGCGGCUUUAGGUGAUAAAAUCGGUUCUUCUUUAAUUGCACAGGCGGCUGAUGUGCCUACACUUCCUUGGAGUGGUUCUCAUGUGAAAAUUCCUGGUGAUAGCUGUUUAGUGACAAUUCCAGAUGAUGUAUAUAGAAAAGCUUGUGUAUAUACAACAGAAGAAGCAAUUGCUAGUUGCCAAGUUGUUGGGUAUCCUGCAAUGAUCAAGGCAUCAUGGGGUGGAGGUGGUAAAGGCAUAAGAAAGGUGCAUAAUGAUGAAGAAGUGAAGGCGCUUUUCAAACAAGUUCAGGGUGAAGUCCCUGGUUCUCCUAUAUUUAUAAUGAAAGUUGCUUCUCAGAGUCGACAUCUGGAAGUUCAACUACUUUGUGAUCAACAUGGAAAUGUAGCAGCUUUACAUAGUCGUGAUUGCAGUGUUCAAAGGCGACAUCAAAAGAUUAUCGAAGAGGGACCAAUAACUAUAGCUCCAAAUGAGACAAUAAAGAAGCUGGAGCAAGCUGCAAGAAGAUUAGCUAAAUCAGUGAAUUAUGUUGGAGCUGCAACUGUAGAGUAUUUGUAUAGUAUGGAAACUGGAGACUAUUACUUUUUGGAGCUCAAUCCACGUUUACAGGUUGAGCAUCCUGUUACUGAGUGGAUUGCAGAAAUUAAUCUUCCUGCAGCACAAGUUGCAGUUGGAAUGGGAAUUCCUCUUUGGCAAAUUCCAGAAAUAAGGCGAUUUUAUGGGAAGGAUAAUAGUGGAGGGUAUGAUGCAUGGAGGCAAACAUAUGUUCAUGCAACUCCCUUUGACUUUGACAAAGCAGAGUCAACUAAACCAAAGGGUCAUUGUGUUGCUGUUCGUGUAACAAGUGAAGAUCCAGAUGAUGGAUUCAAGCCCACUAGUGGGAAAGUUCAGGAGCUAAGUUUUAAAAGUAAGCCAAAUGUUUGGGCAUACUUUUCUGUCAAAUCGGGAGGUGGCAUUCAUGAAUUCUCAGAUUCUCAAUUUGGUCAUGUUUUUGCAUUUGGAGAGUCUAGAACAUUGGCUAUUGCAAAUAUGGUUCUUGGGUUGAAAGAAAUUCAAAUUCGUGGUGAAAUCCGAACUAAUGUUGAUUAUACAAUCGAUCUAUUACAUGCUCCAGAUUAUAGAGAAAACAAAAUACAUACAGGUUGGUUAGAUAGCCGAAUUGCCAUGAGAGUUAGAGCAGAAAGACCUCCUUGGUAUCUUUCAGUAGUUGGAGGAGCUCUUUAUAAAGCGGCUGCUAGAAGUGCAGCCAUGGUGUCAGACUAUGUUGGUUAUCUUGAAAAGGGGCAAAUCCCUCCAAAGCAUAUAUCAUUGGUCAACUCCCAAGUUUCUUUGAAUAUUGAGGGUAGUAGAUACACUAUUGAUAUGGUAAAAAGAGGACCAGGUGGUUAUAGAUUAAGAAUGAAUCAAUCUGAGAUUGAAGCAGAGAUACAUACUCUACGUGAUGGUGGUUUAUUAAUGCAGUUGGAUGGAAAUAGUCAUAUUAUAUAUGCAGAAGAAGAAGCAGCAGGAACUCGUCUUUUGAUAGAUGGAAGAACUUGCUUGCUUCAGAAUGAUCAUGAUCCUUCCAAACUAAUGGCGGAAACACCAUGCAAGCUUUUAAGAUACUUAGUCUCAGAUGGAAGCCACGUGGAUGCUGACUCACCAUAUGCUGAGGUGGAAGUUAUGAAGAUGUGUAUGCCACUUCUCUCUCCAGCUUCUGGUGUUAUUCAAUUCAAGAUGUCUGAAGGUCAAGCCAUGCAGGCUGGUGAACUUAUAGCAAAUCUUGAUCUUGAUGAUCCAUCAGCUGUAAGAAAAGCAGAGCCUUUUCAUGGAAGCUUUCCUGUUCUUGGACCUCCAACUGCAAUUUCAGAUAAAGUUCAUCAAAAAUGUGCAGCUACUUUAAGUGCUGCAAGAAUGAUUCUUGCAGGAUAUGAUCACAACAUUGAUGAAGUUAUGAAGAAUCUGCUCCAUUGUUUAGAUAGUCCCGAGCUUCCUUUCCUUCAAUGGCAAGAAUGUUUUGCAGUUUUAGCAAAUCGACUCCAUAAAGAUCUUAAAAACAAGUUGGAAUCAAAGUUGAAGGAGUAUGAAGGAAUUUCCACACAACAAACUAUCGAUUUUCCUGCUAAAGUUUUACGUGGCAUUCUAGAGAGUCACCUUGGAUCUUGCUCAGAGAAGGAAAAAGGAGGUCAAGAAAGGCUGAUUGAGCCAUUAAUGAGUCUUGUGAAGUCAUAUGAAGGUGGAAGAGAGAGUCAUGCACGUGGGAUUGUUCAUGCUCUUUUUGAAGAGUAUUUAUUAGUUGAAGAGUUAUUCAAUGACAACAUUCAGGCUGAUGUCAUCGAACGCCUUCGACUUCAAUACAAGAAAGAUCGUUUGAGGGUUGUUGACAUUGUGCUUUCCCAUCAGGGUGUUAAGAGUAAAAACAAGUUGAUACUAAGACUAAUGGAGAAUUUAGUGUACCCUAAUCCAGCUGCAUAUAGGGAUAAACUGAUACGCUUUUCUACACUCAACCACACAAAUUAUUCCGAGUUAGCAUUGAAGGCAAGUCAACUUUUGGAACAGACUAAAUUAAGUGAACUUCGUUCAAGCAUUGCUAGAAGUCUUUCUGAAUUAGAGAUGUUUACAGAAGAAGGUGAAAAUAUGGAUACCCCUAAGAGGAAAAGUGCCAUUAAUGAAAGAAUGGAGGAUAUCGUGAGUGCUCCACUUGCAGUUGAAGAUGCCCUUGUUGGUCUUUUUGACCAUAGUGAUCACACCCUUCAAAGACGCGUUGUUGAGACCUAUGUUCGAAGAUUGUAUCAGCCGUAUCUUGCCAAGGGGAGUGUUAGAAUGCAGUGGCACAAAUCCGGUCUUAUUGCUUCGUGGCAAUUCAUGGAAGGGCAUAUCGAGGAGGUCAAUGUGUCUGACUAUGAAAUGACCGAAAAGCCCUUGGUGGAGAAGAAAUGGGGAGCUAUGGUUAUCAUCAAAUCCCUUCUUGUUUUACCCGAUGUGAUAAAAGCAGCUCUUAAAGAAACAACAAAUAAAUCUCAAGGCACAAGUCAAAACGGUUUAUCUGAUCCUAACAACCAUGGUAACAUGAUGCACAUUGCAUUGGCUGGAAUUAGCAACCAGAUGAGUUCACUUCAAGACAGUGGCGAUGAGGAUCAGGCUCAAGAGCGAGUCAACAAGUUAGCAAAAAUUCUCAAAGAUAAAGAAGUUAGCUCGAGUCUAAAAAACGCAGGGUAUGGAGUUAUAAGUUGUAUUAUUCAAAGAGAUGAAGGAAGAGGACCAAUGAGACACUCGUUUCAUUGGUCAGAAGAGAAUCUUUAUUAUAUUGAAGAGCCAUUAUUGCGACACUUGGAGCCUCCUUUAUCAAUUUAUCUUGAACUGGACAAACUUAAGGGGUAUGAGAACAUAAAGUACACACCAUCGCGUGAUCGACAAUGGCACAUGUAUACAGUUGAAGCAAAACCACUUCCAAUUCAAAGAAUGUUUCUUAGGACACUUGUAAGACAACCAACAAAGGAAUGGUUUUCAGGAUACCAAGGUUCUGACAUUGCGGGCCCACAAUCUCAGUGGACUUUGUCUUAUACUUCAAGAAGCAUCUUGAGAUCUCUAGUCACAGCCAUGGAAGAGUUGGAGCUUCAUGUUCAUAAUGCCACAGUCAAAUCUGACCAUGCUCACAUGUAUCUUUAUAUACUAAAAGAACAACAAAUUGAUGAUCUUGUCCCUUACAGCAGGAGAGUAGAUGUGGACCCCGGGACAGAAGAAGGGGCGGUGGAGUCACUUUUGGUGAAAUUAGCACGUGAAAUACACACACUUGUAGGUGUAAAGAUGCACCGAUUAGGUGUUUUUGAAUGGGAGGUCAAACUUUGCAUGGCAUCUUCUGGUCAAGCUAAUGGUGAAUGGAGGGUUGUGGUUACGAAUGUCACUGGUCAUACGUGUAUUGUACAUGUUUAUCGGGAACUUGAGGAUGAUAAACACAAGGUGGUGUAUCAUGCAACCUCUACAUCUGGCCCUUUACAUGGUGUCCCUCUCAACACACCUUUUCAGCCUUUGAAAUUACUCGAUCAGAAACGUCUUUUAGCCAGGAAAAGCAACACUACAUACUGCUACGACUUUGCACUGGCAUUUGAAGCAGCUCUUGAGGAAAUUUGGUCAUUGAGACUUUCUACUGACACCAGGCCCAAGGGCAAACUCGUAAAUGUGACAGAGCUCGCGUUUUCUGAUCCGAAAGGCUCGUGGGGCACACCUCUUGUUUCCAUAGAACGUGAGCCAGGCCAAAACAAUGUAGGCAUGGUGGCAUGGAUCAUGGAGCUUUGUACACCCGAGUUCCCUAAAGGAAGGGCAAUUUUGGUGGUUGCAAAUGAUGUCACAUUCAAAAACGGAUCUUUUGGGCCUAUAGAGGACGCGUUUUUCGAAGCUGUUACCGAUCUCGCGUGCGCCAAAAAACUACCCCUCAUCUAUCUGGCAGCCAACUCCGGGGCCCGCAUCGGGGCAGCUGAAGAGAUCAAAUCAUCUGUAAUCGCUCAUGAAGUUAAUCUCACCAAUGGUGAAUCUCGAUGGGUGAUCGAUACAAUUGUGGGAAAAGAAGACGGAUUAGGGGUAGAGAAUUUGAGCGGAAGUGGAGCGAUUGCGGGCGCGUAUUCCAGGGCAUAUAAGGAAACUUUCACGUUAACAUAUGUAACGGGUCGAACUGUGGGUAUUGGGGCAUAUUUGGCCCGCCUUGGGAUGCGUUGCAUACAACGCCUUGAUCAACCAAUUAUUUUAACGGGAUUUUCCGCUUUAAACAAACUUUUGGGGCGUGAAGUUUACAGCUCACAAAUGCAAUUAGGAGGUCCAAAAAUCAUGGCCACAAAUGGAGUUGUUCACUUAACUGUUUCAGACGAUUUAAAAGGAGUGUCAGCAAUCUUAAAUUGGUUAAGCUUUGUUCCCGCUUACGUCGGGGGCCCGCUUCCCGUUUUAGCCCCGACCGACCCGCCUGAACGGCCCGUCGAGUAUCUGCCGGAAAACUCGUGCGACCCUCGGGCAGCUAUUUGCGGGACGGUGGACGGGAAUGGGAACUGGGCCGGGGGUAUUUUUGACAAAAAUAGUUUCGUGGAGACUUUGGAAGGGUGGGCCCGGACGGUUGUAACCGGGCGGGCGAAACUCGGUGGGAUCCCGGUCGGGAUUGUGGCGGUUGAGACACAGACGGUUAUGCAAAUUAUACCCGCGGAUCCCGGGCAGCUUGAUUCGCAUGAACGGGUAGUCCCGCAAGCCGGGCAGGUGUGGUUCCCGGAUUCCGCGAGUAAAACCGCGCAAGCUUUGAUGGAUUUUAACCGCGAAGAGCUUCCGCUUUUUAUCAUGGCGAAUUGGCGGGGAUUUUCGGCGGGUCAACGGGAUCUUUUUGAAGGGAUUUUGCAAGCGGGGUCCACGAUUGUUGAGAAUUUAAGAACUUAUAAACAACCGGUUUUUGUGUACAUACCGAAAACCGGUGAGCUUCGUGGUGGUGCUUGGGUGGUUGUUGACAGCCGGAUUAAUUCCGACUAUAUAGAAAUGUAUGCGGAAACAACCGCAAAAGGGAAUGUUCUAGAACCCGAAGGUAUGAUUGAAAUCAAAUUUAGAAACCGUGAGUUGUUGGAAUGUAUGGGCCGGGUCGACCCGCGGAUCCGAGAGCUUAAAUUAAAGUUACAAGAAUUGAAAUAUGAUAAUUCGAUCGUGGAGCAGAUAAAGGCGCGUGAGAAACAGCUUUUGCCGAUUUACACGCAAAUCGCGACAAAAUUUGCGGAGCUUCAUGAUACUUCGUUUCGCAUGGCUGCGAAAGGUGUUGUGAAGAAUGUUGUUGAUUGGAACGUUUCGAGGUUUUUCUUCUAUAAAAGACUCCGGCGGCGGCUCGCGGAGGCUGCUCUGAUCACCACCGCGAGGGAGGCGGCCGGAGACACGCUUUCGUAUAAAUCCGGUCAUGAGAUGAUUAAGAAGUGGUUUUUGGAGAUGAAAUCGGAUGAGUUUUGGGGUGAUGAUGAUGUUUUUUUCACAUGGAAAGAUAAUCCCGAGAAUUAUGAUGAGAAAUUAGCCGAGUUAAGAAGAGAAAAGGUCUCGAAUCAGUUGUUGAAAAUUAGUAGUUCACAGUUGGAUCUUGAAGCUUUGCCACUAGGAAUUGCUAAACUUUUGAAAGAGGUGGAUCCGGCGACUAAAAGUAAGUUAAUUGAAGAACUCCGGCGAGUCAUCGAGUAGGAAAUGUAGACAAACUCAUCGGAAUAUUCCACCCGUUGACCGGUGGUUUGACAUUUCCAGCGAACUGAAAAGCCUUUCGAACGGUGUAUAUAAUGCAUGUAUUGAUAAGGUGAUAGGGUAAUUAAAAAUAGUUUGAAUUGUAUGAGGUUUAUUUUUCUGCAUAAUUUGUAUAAUACUAUCACAUACAUGUAUUGUUAAUUGUCUACUCUUAUUAUUUAUACAAAUAAAUGGAUGAAGAAUUCAUAAGUUGAAGCA